AUAUUCUAAUUUCUAGGUUAAUUUCCCAUUUAUCUGUUUCCGAACUUCCUCCCGUUAGCCAGUAGCUCAAAAAUCGAAGGAGCUUCCUUCUUCUCGUCCCAGUUUUGAGCUCCAAUGGGGGAAUCACCACCACUCCCAAAUUCUCUCCCCCAAGCCAACAGCACUGCAACCCCCAUGAGUUCUUCAGGAACCCAGAGGAGGAAGCUUCCUACUCCACAGGAACUCGUAUCCCACUACGAAUCCCAAGGCCUUAAUUCUCAUGAUGCUUCAAUCAAGGUAAUAGAGGACCUUCAGAAUGCUCUCUUCAGGAUCGUCUCCUCCGGCAGAGGCAAAAAGGACAAGCUUCUGGUCGAGACCUCGAAAAAGAUCGAUGCCACUAUUAGCCGUGUUGCCAUUCUGGACCUCAAGUUGGACUCGAAGCCGGGCUACGCCGAGACUUUUGCUAUAGGAUUGGCUUCUGGGUCUGUUUUGAAAGGGGUUGGGAGUGUGAUGCCGCAUGUUUUUGGGGCUCUCGCCAAUAUUUGGAGCUCUGUCAGUAAUGCUACGAAGCAUUCUUCUUGAAUUUAAAAGAACCUCGGUACUCGUCUUUGUGGUUUGUUUUCCUUUUAGAUGAGAGGAAUUUUCUAGUGGUGGAUAGGGUAGUCGUUGUUUUGCGAUUGAUUCUCAUACGUACUCAGAAAAUGCUAAUGUUUGAUCUCUGAGUUUCAUUCUCUUCCAUC